GUACCCCUUUAUAUCCUCAACUUCUAUUCAAGUCACCAACAAAACCAAAGAGUCACUUGUAUACUCUACAACGAACCCCGUACACUGUUCUAUCGAAGAUGCUCAUCCCACGACACAUCCCUCACCGCCACGGCAUCUUCCAAGGUGCCAAACACACAAAUCCACGCCGUCUCAUGCUCACAAGUCCCACGGUUCUCUUUUUCCCUGGGAUCUCUCUGGCUCAGGAAGAUGACGAUGACCCGACGUCGUCGGCAGGACAACUCUCCGAGCCCUUCAUCGACCAAGUCACUGGUCUCCAAAUGGAGCGCUUCUUUGGUGCGCGGACAUCUUUUGGAUUUGCUUUCGCUCUGCCCGAGGCUCAAUCUGCAGUAGGCAGUCCUGCGUCUUUCAUCGGCCAACUUUCCUUUCCACUUGUCGAUGGACAAGGCUGGGGAGCGUUUGGAUUGACUGGAGACAUGGAAGGAAAUUUCAUCCUCGCGGCCUGGCCCGAUGGGAAUGGUGGUGUCAUGGCUUCAUUCCGACAGGCUACCGACGAGGACAAUCCUCCCGAGGUCUCUGGUGGCUUCAGCGUCAGGCCACUACCUGAUGGUGUCUCUGUUAACGCGACAUCACUUGUCUACACGUUCCUGUAUGAGAAUUGCCUUGACAGUACACUAGGCCUUCAGCUUCAAGCGACAGGUGAAGAUGCUGUCAUGGGUUGGGCUCUUUCACAACGCCCUCCUAGAGGAGAUCCAUCGGAUCCGGGAGCAUUCUUAGGGUUUCAUGAGAAGGGGUUUGGGCCGUUCACAGCAAGGCUGGGUCAGGCGCGAGUUGCUGGAUUCGACGCUGUCGCGUCUGGGGCGUUAGGCGCUGUUCAGGACUCUGGAAAUGCUGUUCCGGCAGUGCCAGGGGUUUUCGAGGAUGACAGCGGUGAUGAAGCGAGUGGCGACGAAGAUGAGGCAGGCGGCGAGAGCGGCGAUGAAAGCGACUCUGACGAUGACGACUGA